AUGGCUUCUCGGUGUCGAAAAUGUGGACAACAGGUGCCCAGGAAUCCACCUUUCACUGCUGUCCGGAUAACAGAAGGAGAAAUGAAAUCUUAUCAUGAUUUUAUGGGAGGAUGCAUUAGACUGGAGCGCAUGGCAAAGAAAGAUGAAAUCAUGCAGCAGGAGAUACGACCGCUGGUUGCAGUGGAUAUAAUAGAGCAGCUCCACAGGCAAUUUGCGAUCUUGUCAGGAGGAAGAGGGAAGGAUGGGGCACCCAUUAUCACCUUUCCAGAAUUUGCAGGAUUCAGUGACAUACCUGAUGAAGAUUUUCUGAACGUGGUCACAUACCUAACCAGCAUUCCCAGUCUGGAGGCUGCCAGCAUCGGAUUCAUCAUCAUCAUAGACAGACGACGGGACAAAUGGAGCGCAGUCAAGGCAUCCCUGACACGAAUAGCAGGAGCAUUUCCAGGAAACCUGCAGUUGGUGUUUGUCCUGCGACCCUCCCGCUUUAUCCAGAGGACAAUCGCUGACAUUGGCAUUAAACUCUACCGAGAUGACUUUAAAAUGAAGGUACCGAUCAUCAUGUUAAAUUCUGUCUCUGAUCUGCAUGGCUAUAUUGACAAAAGUCAGCUGACCCGGGAGCUGGGAGGAACUCUGGAAUAUGGCCACAGUCAGUGGAUACAUCACCGAACUGCUAUUGAAAACUUUGCAAUGACGGUAAAAACAACAGCGCAGAUGCUACAGACCUUUGGAACAGACCUAGCAGAGACUGAACUUCCCAACGAUGUGCAGUGCACAGAGGAGCUCCUCUCCGCACACACUGACCACCAUAGCAAGCUGAAGGAUGAGCUGAAACUUGCUGUGAAGCAGGGGGCCACCUUAUUGACAUGCAUUAGGGAGCCAGUCACCCGAAGUGCCAACAGCAAACUCAGUCCAGAUGAACUGGAAAAUGUGGCAACAGUAGAAAGGUUGUUGGCUCAGUUGGAUGAAACAGAAAAGGCUUUUGAUCAAUUUUGGACCAAGCAUCACCUAAAACUAGAACAAUGCCUGCAGCUUCGACACUUUGAACAUGAUUUUAGAGAGGUAAAACUGGCAUUGGAUAAUCUUAUGGAAACACAAGCAGGUUUUGCUGACAUUGGAGACAGUGUGGCUCGAGUGGAGCAUCUCUUAAGGGAACAGAAACAACUUGAAGAGAAAGGACAGGAACCUAUGGAGAAGGCCCAGUCUCUAGCUGUCCAUGGGGAACAGCUCAUCCAAAACAACCAUUAUGCAGUUGACUCCAUUAGACCAAAGUGUGUUGAACUCAGGCGUAUUUGUGAUGACUUUACCAAUGAGACGAAGAAAAAGUAUGAUAUUUUGGGAAAGUCUCUUGAGCUGCAUAAGCAGUUAGAUAAGGCAAGCCAAUGGUGUGAAGCUGGAAUCUACCUCUUAGCUUCCCAAGCUGUGGACAAGUGCCAGUCACAAGAGGGAGCUGAAACUGCACUCGUUGAAAUUGAGAAGUUCCUGGUAACAGCUAAGGAACACCAGCUCUCUAACCCCAAGGAGUUCUACAAUCAGUUUGACAUGAUCCUUACCCCCGAAAUAAAG